AUGUCAGAAAAGGACUCAGACGACAAGCCCGAGUAUGAUCAGCCGGAAGACUUCAUAUGGGAUACAUACCUGAAGGCUUCCAAGGACGAAGAUGAGGCGCGGCCGAAGAACUGGGAGGGCAGUACGACAGGCAUCCUCACCUUUACUGGUCUAUUUGCUGCGACCGUGGCAGCGUUUAUCGUCGAGAGUUACAAGCUGCUGUCCGCCGACUCUGGCGAUCAAACUGUGCAACUCCUCUCGCAACUCCUUGUUGCGACCGCGAAUGCAUCCUCGGGACUUCCCAUCGUCAUCGCGACGCCUGAACCGUUUUCUACUCCACCCUCGGCCAUCGCGACGAACGUUCUAUGGUUUACGAGUCUCUUGAUCUCUCUCAUCUGCGCGUUGUUGUCAACCCUGGUUCAGGAGUGGUCUCGAGCCUAUGUCCAGGACAUUAAUAGACGAAAGGUCCUCCACGAAACCAUGCGCGAACGCGCCUUCAACCAUAUCUUCAUCCGUAUGGGUGUCAAUCGCUAUGGCAUGGACCAGUUCGUGUCUUGGAUUGUGGCGCUCGUGCACCUAUCGGUCUUUCUCUUCGCUUGUGGGCUUCUAACAUUUCUAUUUCCCAUUGACUACGUCGUAGCUGGCAUUGCGACUACGCUAUUUGGGAUCUUUGUGAUCGUAUACUGCGCCGCUAGCCUACUCCCUCUCCUUGAGAAGAGCUCCGAUUCCGAAAUGUCGUCUCAUGUUUGCUGA